CUCUCAUAUUCUUAGAACAUUUGUUUCUUCAACUUCUAGUAGCGAUCACAUAGAGACGACUACCCAAAUAAUUGAAUAACGUUUUACUGCUAUGGAACAAGAAGUGGGGGCGCAGAAUAAGAGAAGGAUGCUGGUAUCGGUUUAAGAAAGUUUUUGGGGAGAAUAUAGACAGAUAAUGAUCGCUGCGUUUCAAGAGUUCGCAGUGAAGCUGGGCAUCGCUCCACCGGAGGGCGAAGAUAUACCUUUCUCGCGUUUCCGGGAUGCCACAUUUAAAGCAGAUUCAGAAAUGGUUGCCGCAGAGAAAUGGACGCCAGACGUGAAGUUAGGAGCUCCGUUGACACCACCCGAAUUUUCGGCCGCGACCGUGGACAGUUUGGUGACGGCCGCGAAAGAGCGUGCUAGCGAUGCUGUCCGUGGUGCUCUGGUGGGUCUCCAAAACGGCGGAUCCUCGAGUUCUUCCUCCGGAGCAACAGAGACUACGCUACCAGGCCUAAGCAACACAUCAAACGCGGUAAAAGACGGCAUCAAAAAUCAUGUUCUUGAAACAAGCGCCAGUGCAUCCGCAGGACGCAUUGCAGCAGCGCCUCUGCAAAGUAGAACGACGGAAUUGGGGCAGCUUUUUACACCUUUGCAGAGAAUGUUAACGUCAGCAAGACUUUUCGUUUGCGAAAGUGUUCGAAGCGCAUUAUGCUGUCUGGGCGCUGGCGUGUUGUGUGGCGCUCUGUUCAUAGUGGCAAGGGAACACUGGGAGCGUGUUUUACGCUUCAAAUGGUUCGAGAAAGAGAUCCUGCGCUACUUCCACAAGAAGAACAUAUUGAUAACCGGCGUGACAAGUGGUAUUGGCGAAACGCUAGCCUACCGCUUGGCUCGGUCGCCGUAUCCCCCGGCCGUUUUGUAUUUGCACGGGCGACGUCCAGAGCAGCUUGACACCGUAAUCGCACGCUGUCGGGAACUAGCAAAUCAGCAGGUCGUGGCUUCUCAAUCUCAAAUGAAUGACGUCAUGAAGACUGCUGGUGGCGAACAAGGGUCUGGUGGUGCGUCGUCGAUGAAGAUAGAGCCGAUUUUGUGCGAUUUGAGCGACCCGGACCAAGUGUUUGCAGUGUUUAAGCGUGCCUUUAAGGAGCCCUCAGAGCAAGAGACGGCAGACCUUGCCCAGUUACUCACGAUUCCAGCACUGGCAAACGACCCAACCUUUCAGUCCGUGUAUGCGGCAGCGAACCCCAAUCCGGUGGAUAUUUUAUUUAACAAUGCCGGUGUGUCACAGCGCGACGAGUUAUCAGCGCUCGACGUCGCACCGAUCCGACAUAUCAUGAAUACGAACUCAAUUUCGAACAUGCUGAUCACGAAGGCGGUGCUGCCGCAACUCCUCCUAUCGGGUGCGAAGGGAGAGAAACAGUUCAUAGCAGUAGCUGGGCAGCGCGACGCGCAGCAAUUGAGCGGGGAUCCGCGGAGCUCUCCAUUAACGUCAACUGCAGCUUUGUCAUCCUCUACACGACUACCAGAUUCAUCGUCGGGGGAGCUGCAAGGUGAGACUGGCAGCGCAGAGAACUCCGUGGCAUUGACGUCGAGUAAGCAAGCAAACCGUGGUGUUGGAGCUCCUGAAGAAGGACUGUCUUCAUACACCUCAGGUCUUCACGCAUCCAGUUCUUCUACUCCCUCAGCAUCUUCAACCAGCCUCCACGGACCUGCAGACAAAACGCCUUUGCAGCGCUUCUGGCAGUGGACGGUGCGACGUCGCUGCGGAGAGUGGUACACGGAUAGCGAGCCGAUGCGUCAUUCUGCGCAUAUCGUGCAGGUACGUAGUAUGCUCCGUUUUUACGAACUUAUGUCACGUUAUAAACUCAUACUCGCUGGUAAGAGUGGAGGUAUGAUUUUGGUUGUUAACGGAGCAACGACCGAUCUAUUCAGACACACAGAUACAUACGUAGUUCAUUUAUUCUGAUCGACGAAAAUCCAGAUCGGAAAAUCAGGUCUCUUCCUUCGUAGGGCGAGUGGCUUUUGGUUUCCGUACAGUGUAUGCAGCUUCGAAGUUUGCCGGUAAUGGGUUUUAUUCGAGUCUGGCGGCAGAAGUUUGGGAUAAAAACGUGAGGAUUCACAAUGUUUUCCCGGGUUUUAUAGCCACAAAUAUCGCGAAAAACGCCCUCGUUGGCAAAGGAGAGGCUUUCGGUGUCUCAGACGCGAAAAUUGAGAAUGGACUUCCACCCGAAGAAGUCGUUAAUAGGAUGCUGGCAGGGGUAGUGAAGAUGCUUUGAAUAAACUUGUUAGAUGUAGGUGUUCGUUGUUCUCUCGUCACAAGUUUGAUAUCUUCACAGGAAACCAACGCGAAACUCUUGAAAAUGAUGAUACUUCAUGAUCAACAAUCUCGUGCCGGAUAUUGCAGUUUGAAUGUGCAUUUCCAUUUCAAGGAUGCAGUAAUCGAAAGAAUCCAUCACGACCUGUAAUUUGAAGGUGUAUUUCGAGGAUUCAGAAAUUGAAGUACUGAAUACGUGGUGGAUGCGGGUGCAAGCGCUGCUUUCUCGAUGGAGCGGAGCCAUGCACAGGUAUUUUGCGUUAACGAACUACCGAGACCAAGUUCGCAUGGCUGAAGAGGCUCGCGCUAAGGAAGCAUCGAUGAAGCGGGAAAAAAGUCCCAGCAAACGAACAGGUCGAGCGACCGUGUCAUGUAGUGAAACUGGUGGAAUAGCAUCAUCAUCAUCUUUAUCAUCGGGCGACGGUUCUUCUAGUGGUCCUCUUCACGGGACUCGUCGGCGCUCAGUUGACAUGCGUGGUGGCAAUGAGGGAAAGCGAGCAGGAAGCACCGAUAUGGUCCCGCCGUCAGUAAACGCAAGCGAAGAUGACGAUACAUCGCGGAAGCCGGGAGAGGCGGGCCCGCUGAUGUUUUAUAUCGCGGGCUCUGAGUCAGAAAUAACGACGGAUUAAAUGAGAUGCGGAUAUCGUUUUCCAGAAGAAAAUGGUGGCGAAACAGAAAAUAAAUGUCUACAGAACGAUGUGCAUCUGAUUUUGCGGGGAGGCACAUGCGUUGCUGACUCUAAAAAGAAAUUGGAAAAAGUUCUUUGAAAAAGAAAGGGGUCCAUGCGAUUUUGCUGGAGACGCAGAAAUACAAACAUAGACUCGAUCGCGAAAUGAGUAUUUUUGCGAACAUGGAACAAUGGAUGCAGACGGAAAUUUUUUUAUUCGUUGAUACGCUGCUGUAUGUGGGAGACGCGAAUUUUCCGUAGCAUGAUAGAUCCGCACCAAAUAUGCAGAGCUUUGACUAUAAUACUCUUACUGCAUCUGCAACUUUUUAACCAUCAAACGACCUUCCUGGUGAAAAAAGCAACAACCUAGAAGAGGAUGACAGAGUGAAAGCUGCAGUAAACAAGCUUUAAAACGUC